AUGCAUCCCUCCACUAUCGCUGCCAUCUUGGCCUUCACUGCCGGUAUGGCUGUCAACGGCGCGCCGCUCAACCCCUCCUCCAGGCCUCUGACCCUUGAUGAUCUUCAAUACACGCCUCAGAUCAUUAGGGGUGAUCCCAUGUACCGGGCGGUUGACAAGCGCGAUCCUCAGCGCAGCAAGGGCCGUAUCAUUGGCAACAUCGCCGAGGGAAUCGGUGGCGGUGUCGGUGCCGUUGCAGACUUGCCUACUAUCGGCGGCGCUGUCCAGGGUCAAAACCAGAAGCGGGAUCCUCAACGCAGCAAGGGCCGUAUCAUUGGCAACAUCGCCGAGGGAAUCGGUGGCGGUGUCGGUGCCGUUGCGGAUUUCCUCACAAUCGGCGGCGCUGUCCAGGGUCAAAACCAGAAGCGUGAUCCUCAGGGAAACUAUGCCCAUGUCAUUGACGACAUCGUCGAGAAAGGUGGUGUUAUUGGUGGUGCUGCCGACUUGCCUACUAUCGGCGGCGCUGUCCAGGGUCAAAACCAGAAGCGGGAUCCUCAACGCAGCAAGGGCCGUCUCAUCGGGAACAUCGGCGAGGGAAUUGGUGGUGUUAUUGGUGGUGUAUCAGAUCUGAUCACAAUUGGCGGUGCAGUCCAGGGCCAGCCUCAGAACCAGAAGCGCGAUCCUCAGCGUAGUAAGGGCCGUAUCAUUGGCAACAUCGCCGAGGGAAUCGGUGGCGGUGUCGGUGCUGUUGCAGAUUUUCUCACAAUUGGCGGCGCUGUCCAGGGCCAGAACCAGAAGAGAGGCCUUACGGUCGUGGAUAAUCUCGGUCAACCAGUAGCGGCCAGUGAACCCGCUGACUACGACCUCGUCGAGGGACAGAACGAGAAGAGAGACCCUCGCCGCAUUGGAAAAUUUAUCAAAGGAUUUGGCGAAGGUGUUGGAAUUGCCGGAGAUCUGCUUAACCUCGGUGGCGCUGGCCAAGAAUCUCAGCCAGCUGCAAAGAGGGGCCUUACAGUCGUGGACGAGCACGGUCAGCCAGUAGUGGCCAGUGAGUCUGUCGACUACGACCUCCCAGAAGUCCAGAACGAGAAGAGAGACCCUCAGCGCGGCCGCCGCAUUGGAAACUUUAUUAAGGGAUUUGGCGAAGGUGUUGGAAUUGCCGGAGAUCUGCUUAACCUCGGUGGCGCUAGCCAAGAAUCUCAGCCAGCCGCAAAGAGGGACGUUCCGCUAAUCGCUGAUGACAAAGUCAAUAGCAUUGAUGCAGAACACUCGACAGUAGGCUUGUCGGCGCCAGCGAUUGAGUACGAGAAGCGUGAUCCUCAGCGCAGCAAGGGCCGCAUCAUUGGCAAUAUCAUCGAGGGUAUUGGCGGUGGUGUCGGCGGUGCUAUCGACCUGGGCAUCAUUGGAGGAGCUGUUCAAGGCCAGAACCAGAAGCGUGAUCCUCAGCGCAGCCGUGGCCACAAGAUUGGCAAGGUCAUNGAGGGACUNGGUGAUGGUCUUGGUGGUGUUGCUGAUAUCAUUCAGAUCGGUGGAGCUAACCAGAAGCGUGAUCCUCAGCGCAGCAAGGGUCGCAUUAUUGGCAACGUUCUUGAGGGUAUUGGCGGUGUUGUCGGCGGUGCCAUCGACCUUGGCGUCAUUGGAGGAGCUGUUCAAGGCCAGAACCAGAAGCGUGAUCCUCAGCCCGGCCGCGGCCACAAGAUUGGCAAGGUCCUCGGUGGACUCGGUGAUGGUCUUGGUGGUUUUGCUGAUAUCAUUCAGAUCGGUGGAGCUGUCCAGGGUCAGGGCCAAGGCCAACCACAAGCCUAG